GGGGCUGUGGGCGUUUGUAGCUGCUCGGUAGUUAGUAAGUAGGGACACCUGAAAUGGGUUAAUAUUUAUUAUGACUAAGUUCGCAACAUCAGACUCACUUGUAGGAACGCAAGCAGCCGGGUGUGAUGAGGGACGUUGGUGAGGCUGGGGCAGGUGGCGGUGACGUCGAUGACGAGACGGUCGAGAAGAGAGGAAUUCGUGCGCGACUGGCAAUGUUUGAGAAACUCACCGGACAUCAUACGGCAUAUGUGAGGGAUGUUGAUGGUACGAGUGAGGAGUUUGGUGACGAGACCAAGGAUGAAGUUAGUGUACAACAGUCUAUGGAUGACGAGCAACGAAGCGAUACAUAUGAGCAGCGGGAAUAUGAAGAAGAAGACACAACAGUGAUGAUAAGGCAGGCAGCAGAGGCAGCAGCAGCAGAGGAUGUAAUUGAAGCAAGCGAAGAAUAUAAACCAGAUGAAAGCAUUAGCCUCGAAGAAACUGCAAACGUAGAAAACGUGGACGAGGCCUCGACUAUAUUUGAAGUUGACAUGGACGAGGCAGCUGCAGUGGAAGUUGAAGUUAAUGUUGAGGUGGCAGAGGACAGUGAGAAAAGUGACAUCGAAUUGUCAGAUGAUGCACCAACAGAAGAACGUGAAGAAGAACUUGGUACCCAGUCUGAAGUGAAAGAACAUGAAGAUGCGAUGGCUGAACAUGAAGAUGUGAUGGCUGACGUUGUUGUUACGACACAGGAAUAUCUAGAGACGCAACCUCCACCACCACCAGUACUAGAUGAAGAUGUGAAGAAAGAAGAAGAAGAAGACAUCGUGGCUGGUGAAGAUGGUGAUACCUCAAGUGCUGCAUCUCAUGUGGUAUCCAGUACAUUAGACGUUAGACUGUCACCCAGUCGUCAUCGGUCUGAUGCACCUACUGAUGAAAAAGUUGAAGAACCUUGUCAAACGAUGCAGCAGACGUUUGUUGAGUUUGAAGCUGGUGCUACUGCAAUGGCAAGCACCGAACUGAGUCGUUCGGAAGCUUUUGUAACACUUACACAGGUUAAUAGAGAACAAGAGAAGAAAGGAAGAGGAGAGAGUCUCGAUGACAUAGAGAAGACAGUUGUUGUACAGAACAAAAGUGAAGUGCAUGGAGAGGCUGUGAAACAGCAAGAAGCACGCGGUAAAACACACAUUAAGUUUGCUGCAUGUGUAGAGAAACCUUUUACAGACCCUUUGGAUCAGUUUCGUAGGAAGAGUAGGCAACAGCUACAUCCACGCUUUUCUGAUGGCAGUUUGAAAGAAUAUGAAGAGACAAUGGGAUUGAAACGUGAGCCAGUGCCUGGUGAAGUUCCAGACUGGACUGACAUUCAGUUGAGGCACGUUGAUGAAGAUCAAAAUGUGCAAGAAACAGGAAGUAAUGACGAUAAAGAAGAAGAACGAUCAGAAGUGAAAGAAUGGAAGAGAGCACAGUCCAAAAAAUUCAGCAUCAAAUCUCGUAUCAAAGUGUUUGAACAAAUUACACAAGAAGUGAGUCCUGCCACAAGCCCUGCUACUAGUCCAACAAGAACAUCUCAACAUGAGGCUUGGAAGAGUUUUCAUGUUAUGCCGACUGUAAGUGAACAAGCCAGUGUAGAUAGGCAGUCGAGUCCAAUUAAGGAAGAAGUAGAGAUGAUGAGAGUUGAACUAGUGCAAAGUGCAGUCAUUCCUGAUAUUAUUAUUCCUUCACAAGGCAGUGGGUCAUUGGACUCUGAUGAUGAAGAACAACUAGUUGUAUCUUCUACACCUACGAAAGCUCGUUUAGAAGAUAAUGCAGAGCAAACCACAAAAGUCAAAGUUUUACAGAGUGAAUUACCAUUACCGGCCCCUUCUCUGCAGUUGGAAUUAUCUGAGGUUGUUACAGAGAUGGUUAGGACACCCACGUCCCAGAAAUCAGUAGACAAGAGUUACCUCUUAGAAUCAAUGGAGGAAGUUGAUGAUUAUGUGGUGUAUCAGUCAGAUGAUGUAGAGGAAGCGGACUGGUCAGGUGAGGAAGAUGCGACUGAACGUAAACAACCUGUAGAGGAAAGACAGAAUGUGGAGGAACCGAGUGAAACUCAUAUGCAGUCGGAUGUCGAGCAGACACCCAUAGUGACCCUCGAUGACUUACAACCUCGAGGAGUAAGUCAGUGGAAACUGGUGUACGGUGUGACACCAACAGUUGAAAUAUCAAGUGAGGAUGAUGACCACACCAGUUCUAGAUCACAUGCACGAAGUAUGGAUGAGAUUCAAGAAAUAUCAGAGGAACAGUUGGAUGAAGUGGAUAUCCCACCACACUCAACAGCAACAACUUCUAAGGGAAACGUCCAAAUGGUAAAGAAAUUAUCAAUCGAGUCGGAUGAGUCGUCGUCGAUCAUCAUCACCGAUGACGAUGAGAGUGUAACUGAGCUGGCUACUGAAUUUCUUCGAUCUGGUGAAGUUUCUAAUGACAAAGUCAAGCCAAUGGAAAUCAAGACGGAUGGUUUAGUUCGUGUUGUGAUAUCAGAGUUCUCACCAGACGAUUGCAAAGAUCACGAAGCACGAGAAACAGAGCAACGUCUUAUCUCCCAGCAGCCGUCUGCCCCAGCCCCCAUCCCACCAGUCACAACAGCAAGACCUCCUUCAGAGCCAGAAGCAAUGAAUGAGGCUGCGGCUGCUACUGCAGAUACAGCCAAGAGUCGAGAACGUACGCCUGUUACUGUGAGUAGGGAACCGUCACCGGUUGUGUCAGUGACAUCGGAGCCUCCAUUGAAAGACGUUACCGCAGCCAAGGAAUCAAAAUUAGCUUUACAGGAAACCGUUUCGUCAGCAUCAGGAGAUUCUCAUUCUAGUCAUUCGACUCCUCAACCCGAAGGUUAUCUUUCACCAUUUCGUGGAGGUGGACUUUUAAGGAAGCAAAUGUCAGGAAGUGGUGACAGCUUGAGUGCAAGUACAUACAGCUUAGCGGGUAGAGGCAAGAACAUCACUGUGACUGGACAGUUGUAUUUUGGUGUCCGACACAACCAUUUGACGAAUCAGUUGGAGGUGAACAUCAUUGAGGCAAGAGGAUUGGCUCCUGCUAAUUCAAAUGGAACUUCAGAUCCAUACGUGAAGACCUACUUGCUACCUGACAAGUCAAAGGAAAGUAAACGCAAAACACCGGUUCUACGAAAGACAUUAAAUCCAGUCUUUAACAAGACGCUAACGUACAAAAUCAGGAAAGACGACGUUGGAAUGAGACGACUGUGGGUGGCUAUAUACGACUGGGAUCGCUUUGGUCACAACUCGUUCCUUGGAGAAGUCCGUCUCGAUCUUUCAGAGCAUGACCUCACAGCCAGCAUGCCACAGUGGUACGACCUGCAAGAACUGAAUCCGGACGAGGGACUGCCCGUUAAUCGUGGCGAGGUGCUGUUGGCUCUUCGGUUUAUGCCGCAAGCUCUCACAGAGGCUCAACAGUCAAAGAAGAUAAAGAAGAAGAAGGAAUCGAAGGGAGACUUCCAAGUGCUCAUCAAGCGAGCACGAAAUCUCGCCGCCAUGGAUCCCAGCGGACUCUCAGAUCCAUUCAUAAAAUGUUAUUUGCUGCCGGACCGAAGCCGGAGCAGCAAGCACAAGACGAAGACGAUAUUUAGGGAUCUCAAUCCGAUCUGGGAGGAAAUGAUUCAGUACAAAGGCAUCACGUUGGAUGCGUUGCAGCACAGAGUUUUGGAGGUUACCGUCUGGGAUUUUGAUCGAGCAGGAAGCAAUGAUUUUAUCGGCGGCUUGAGGUUAGGCAUGUCUCUAUCUGAAAGGGAUGGUAACAAAAAGAAGUCAGAGCCAUGGAUGGACUCGAACGACGUCGAGUCGGCACACUGGAAAGAAAUGAUGGAGAAUCCAGGCACGUUUAUAGGGAGAUGGCACACUCUGAGGUCAUCGAUGGACCCACAUUAGAACUGAAUCGCUCACUCACGUGCACACACAGUAGGUAUAACGUCAUGGUAAUGAGACUUACUGCUUAGUCUCCAAGUGUUUUCUCUUUUGUCUGUCGUUUAUUGAUUUUUGUGUGUUGGUUUGCAGCACGCUGUGAAUAUUAACUUAUGAAACUUGUA